CCCACUUCUUCUUAGAGACCUGAGUGCUUUCACCAGACAGAGAGACCUUUGGAAUAUAAUUCCAAGAAUGGAUGCAACGGUCAAUUUAGGAAAAUUUUAUGCUCAGAAACUAAAUGCUUACAUGAAGGUCACUGAUUCUGGCUACCACACAUUUUACAUGACGUGCAAUGAUGAAUGCGAGUUGUGGUUUGAUGGCGUUGAAGAUCUAGAAGGGUUGGGGGCUGGUCAGUCCGAAAGAAAAAUGUUGAUAAAGCUGGUUGAUAUGAAGACUUUAGAGCGUCUGACGUGGGAUAGGUCGCUCAGCAAGCAAAUUUCACAACCCAUAUAUCUUUCUCGUUGUCAUCUUUAUAACAUUGAGGUCUUUAUGAGGGAGUAUGUCAACGAAGAUCACUUGUCUAUUGGAAUCAAGUUUCCUAAUGGGGAAGAACAAAAACCUGUUUACGCCAAAAAUCUCUUCUGGCUAAAAACAGGUGAGCGGAGCCUCGUCUUCAGCAACAUACGAUUCGAGCCCGGUAAUAAAUUUACGGCGGAAGUUGGAUCUAUCAUAUCAAUAGCAGGCUCCUACAAAUACUGCUGUCAAGGGAUUUUCUGUCCAGACUGUGAUCUUAGAGUGGCUAUAUCGGUGUUUUACACCGAGUACAUCAUCAAUUCCUCUCUGUCAAUGAAUUGCCGAGAAAAUUCAUUCAAUAUUUCACUAGAAGCAGACGUAACACCUGGAUUCUACAGCAUUCAGGCCCAGUAUUCUUUUGUUGAUGAAAAUGCCACAAAACACCUUGAAAUUGCUCAAGUAUCCAUGACAGCUGCGGUUCUAAGUCAAUGCAGUUUUUUUAAUGAUCUCUGUCAAUGGAAAGAAAAGACCACAAACGGAUCUUCGUGGAAAACAGGAGGAGAUUACCAAGGUGCUUAUUUACUGGGUGUCAGCGAGGGCUCUCUUGAAAGUCCAAAGAUGCCUUGGAAAGAGUCAUUUAAAGAAACGUAUUCGUGUUUGCAAUUUAAGUACAUCUUACCAGGCACAACAACAGAAGGAAGAAAUUCUACCCUGGAAGUUUUCGUCGGUAACGAGGAACAGAUGGCUCUGCUUUGGAGAGUUCAAGGAUACCAUGGAAACAAAUCAUCACGAGGCUUCGUAUCGUGGGAAUCCAAAAAAGACGUCAUGAUUGAGCUUAAGGCAACUAGCUACGGGAAAGCUUCAGCUGUAAUUCAGGAAGUAAAAAUUAUCACCAACUACUGUGAAAUUUUCCCUUUGUUCGCCAUGCCAGGUCACAGCUGUAGCAAAGAAGAAUUCCAGUGUGAAAAUUUGCAAUGCAUUAAAAGUGUCCUAAGAUGUGAUGGCGACUUGAAUUGUUUGGACGGAUCUGAUGAGGAAAACUGCCAAUGUCUAAACGGCCAGUUUUGGUGUUCCUCGGGGAAAUGCCUGCCUCCAGAAAAACUGCGAGAUGGCAAACAGGACUGUGUUGACGGGCAAGAUGAAAAGAAAGGAGGAGUGAACCCGAAUUCCAAGUAUCCUUGUUUUGACGGUAAGGCGAUCUCUUGGUCCCAGACAUGUAAAAAAACGGAAGGUUGUGCUGACAGCAGCCAUUUUUCUGCCAUUUGUGGGAAGACGGAAUGCCCGCUGAAUGACUUAGCUUGUUCAAAGCAAACAGGGGAUGCGAAGAAGGAUAAGGAAGACGCUUGUCAGAUUCCUUUUCGAGGACCAUGCAGUUUUCAGAAUGGUUUGUGUGGAUUUCAGAAUGGUAUUAACAGUGAAUUUCAGUGGACGACAGAAAUUAGAGGAACCCCAUCAGAAGGCACGGGACCUUCCUUUGACCAUACCACUUUAUCAGACCAAGGCCGUUACCUUUAUAUCGAAGCAUCAAACAGACAAGCUGGCGAUAAAGCGCGAUUACAAAGCGGCUGGUUCCUACAUGCUCCAGAACUUUGUCUUCAGUUUUGGUACCACAUGUAUGGAGAAGAUAUAGGGUCUCUUAACAUUUACAUUGGAGCAAUGAAAUUAGAAGAAAAGGUUUGGAGUCAACAUGGGAACCAGGGAGAUAGAUGGAUUUUUGCGCAAGUUCCUAUAAAUUCAGGAGGUCAUGAAAGACAAUUUCAGAUCCUAAUAGAAGGUGUGAUUGGAGGUGGAAGCUCAGGGGAUAUAGCUAUUGAUGACAUCACUGUUUUAACUGGAAGCUGCAUUAAAAUCGUUAAACAGGAAACUCUGGAUUGCUACUUUGAAAAUGGACUGUGUGGUUGGACUGGGGAAAACGACUGGAAGAUAGAGAGCACUGUAAACAAUGGUAAAUUCCUCUACUUCAAAACAGAUCGCGCUGAAUUAAUUAGUAGAACCUUGAUAACAAAAGAGCUAACCCAAGCAGAGGAAUGGCGGUGCUUAACAUUUUGGUAUUUCAUUGGCGAGGAGAAGAGGACGCAUACCAAUGAGAAAGUGGUGGAACUCAACGUUUCUGCUCUUCACCCUGAUAAUAGCAGUGAUGUCACUUCUCUGUGGUCCACUUCUUAUCGUACAAACCGGUGGACGUAUGUGCAGCUGCCUCUUCACCACAGGGACAGUCCCUUUAAGAUCUUGUUUAGAGGAACCCUAGAUUCUGCCGAGGUUGUAUUCCUGGGCAUUGAUGACAUAUCUUUUUCCAGAGAGAAGUGUAACGCUAUUCCGAACGAUGAGGGGAAAGACAUAUGCACCUGGGUAACCGGCUACCACACCUGCUGUAGAUUCCCUUUUGUCUAUGAAAAUACUCUGUAUCACUCCUGCACAGGAGACGAUAACGACAGGCAGUGGUGUUAUUUUGGAGACGAUGAGUUUGAUGCUGGUGGCUGUGAUGGCAAGAUUCAAUCUUUGUCUCAUAUUUUUAUGGCUCAGAGCCAAAGGAAGAUUUCUUAUUCUUGGCGCGCGUACCUUCACGUUAUACUAAACCAAAUAAAAACUAGUGGAUCUCUUGGCCUUGAGUCACCAUCACCAUAUUUGGAUGACGUUUAA